AUGACGCGCCCUCCUAUUUCACAACCGCAUCGUUGCCUGUGCGCGGCAUCUCAGCGUCCUGGGGCCCUCAACCCGGACGCGCCACCCAAGACGGCCGAAUAUCUGAGCCCGCGCAAGCUCGCGUCACUCUUCACCCGGACUGUUUUCAACAGCGGAUCGCCGAGGGCGUCGCAGCACAACACGAUGCCUCCCUUCGUCGAAGACAUGGACGACUUCUUUGACGACGUGCCAAUCCCAAACAUUGGCACCGACAUUUUCGACGACGAGGAGCCUCUCGAUUCCGGCCCUGUCAUCCCCGAUAUCCUGAGGGAAGAGGUCGCUGAGACAGUUGUACGGAUCGACAACGAGGGCGAAGAGGACAGAGACGACGACGAAGACGCCGACGAGGACAUAGAGAACGGCCUGGUCACCGACAACGCCGUCCCCGAGGCACCAAUGGACGUGCCCGCUCCUGCUAGCGCCAAGAAGCGAGGGCGCGCCCCCCAGCCUGCGUCGCGAGUAUCCACACCGGCCAAGAAGACUCCCAAGGCUGCGAAGGCGACGAGUGGUCGCAAACGGAAGGCCGAGGAGGAGGCAGAUGAGCCUGCAGCCAAGCGCUCUGGUCGCGGUCGUGCUACUGUCGCCGCUGCGAGGGAGGGUAUCAAGGAGGCGAGCAAGAAGCGACCCCGCGCUGCCUCGGGUACUGUCAAGGAGGCACCCAAAACCAGCCGUGGCAGACCUGCCGGCCGAAAGCCCAAGGUCGAGAAGGAAGAGCCAGCCGCCGAAGAGUACGAAGUCGAGGAGAUCCUGGACUCGGGCGUGGACGCCAAGACCAAGCAGGCCCUCUUCCUCGUCAAGUGGAAAGGCUACGGAGAGGAGGACAACACCUGGGAGCCGAAAACGAACCUGGCGCACGCGAGCGAGAUGCUGAAGGAGUACGAGGCGAUCAAGAAGGAGCAGGAGAAAGCGGCAAAGAAGGAGAAGGCUGCCACCAAGAAGUCCGCGCCGGCGAAGAAAGCUCCUACGAAAAAAGCUCCGAAGGCUGCUGCCAAAGCCACUCCCAAAAAAGCUGCUGGCAAGGCUUCUGUGGGACGUCCCGGCCGUCCUGGCCGUCCCGGUCGGCCCAAGAAGAACUAG